CCAACGGGAGAAAAGGAACUGAAAUGUGUACCAUUCUUCGAAAGCAUCAACGUUGAAGAAUGUAAUUCGCAUCGAGUCGCUAGAAACAGAGAUUCAAGGAAGCGUGCAUCUGCCGCUCGAAGUUCCAUGCGCUGUAAGCUUACCGGAUAAAAACGCCAGGCAGAGAGGGAAAAAAGGAAAAUGCGAGGGGGAACAUCGACACGGGAAAGCAGCGAGGCGAUCCGCAUGGAGCCUCUAGGUAGAACCUCGAGUUCCCGGAGUCCCGGGCAAAACGAAACCGCUAACACCACCGAGGUGCCAGCAAACUCAGGAGAUAGCAACACAGGAUUGCACAAACGUAGCAUUUACGAACACAAUGGGGUUGUGUGUUCUCAAAAAAGGGCUCUCUGUAUUGCCACUGUCGUUUUCGCGAUACUUUUCGCCAUAUCAUUCAUCAUUGCCUUCGCGGGACCACAAAAUGACUGCCCUUGUGCUGGAGAAAAGCCAGCUAACCUGGAAAUCGAGGACGAUGGAAAAAGCAGUGAGCCCCUUGCAACUAAUGGAGAGGUGUUCCCCUGGAAUAACGUAAGGCUACCUAAGUUUGCGCAUCCUACUAGGUACAACAUUACCAUCCAUCCAAACCUUACCACCUUAGAAGUAAAAGGACAGGUCACAAUCGAAUUCUAUGUCGAUAAAGAAACCAACUAUAUUGUCUUCCAUAGUAAAAAUUUGACAAUAAAUGAAAAGAUGAUUCAAGACCGUAAAGGCCAUAGAUUAAAAAUCUCGAAGCUCUUGGAGUAUCCGAAGCACCAGCAGUUAUACCUAGAACUGGAGGAAAGUAAAUUUCGGAAAAGGGGAAACUAUACUGUACACUUAAGGUUCAUCUCGAAACUUACGAGUGAACUCGAAGGAUUCUACCUUAGCAGCUACGUCACUCGGAAAGGAGAAAAGAGGUAUUUGGCCACUACUCACUUCGAGCCGACGUACGCGCGUUCAGCGUUUCCAUGCUUCGAUGAGCCACAAUUUAAAGCUAAAUUUAAAGUCUCGAUAUUCAGGGACAGAUUUCAUAUUGCAUUAUGCAAUAUGCCCGUAAUGAACACAGAAGACGCGGGUUUUUAUAUGGGAACGGGACUUCUCCGUGAUGACUUCCAAGAAUCUGUCGAAAUGUCUACGUACUUAGUGGCUUUUGUGGUGUGCGACUUUAAACGAGUGUCGAGGCUGACGGAGAGGAACAUUUCCGUAAGCGUUUAUGCAGCAGAGGCGAUGCUUCCACAAGCAAACUAUGCUGUAUAUACUGCUGCUCGUACAAUUGAGUACUUUGAAUCCUUUUUCGGACUGUAUUAUCCAUUGCCUAAACAAGACUUAAUAGCUAUUCCGGAUUUUGCCGCUGGGGCAAUGGAAAAUUGGGGCCUAAUCACGUACCGAGAAACGUCGAUACUUUAUGACCCGCAGGAAACAUCGACGAGUGCUCACGAAUGGGUUGCCGUAGUUAUAGCCCACGAGCUGGCUCAUCAAUGGUUCGGUAAUCUCGUCACUAUGAAAUGGUGGAACGACUUAUGGUUAAACGAGGGAGCGGCCAGUUUCUUCGAAUUUAAAGGAGUGAACCAUAUCUCGCCUGAAUGGAGCAUGAUGGAUCAAUUUAUUUUAUAUAAAACACAACCAGCUCUCGAUCUCGAUGCUUUAACUAACAGUCAUCCUAUAAGUGUGCCAGUAAAGGAUCCGAACGAAAUAGAAGCUAUUUUUGACGACAUCAGUUACAGUAAAGGAGCUUCCAUUCUCAAUAUGCUAGAGGGCUUUCUGUGCGAAGAUGUUCUUAAAAGUGGACUAAACGAAUACCUGAACUCACACGCGUAUGGAAACGCAGACACGAAAGAUCUCUGGGCGUCUUUUACGAAACACGCAAAUCACACCUUUGACGUGAAAGCUAUUAUGGAUACGUGGACUCAGCAGAUGGGUUUCCCGCUGAUUACAAUCACGCGUGAUGGAAAUACUAUCACGGCAAGCCAAAAACGAUUUCUGCUUUCGCCAAAGGAAAAUGAUACAGAAUUGUUGCAACCAAAAUCACCGUUUGACUACAGGUGGUACGUUCCAUUGACCUACUACACAGACAAAGAACCGCAGAAGCUUCACAACGUGUGGAUGAAUUUAACUGACGUAACAUUUGAGGUACCUAGCGAUGUCGAAUAUAUAAAAUGCAACGUAAAUCAAACUGGAUUUUACCGUGUAACUUAUCCGGAGGAAAUGUGGACGGCGAUCAUUGACACUUUAUUAAAAGAUCAUACAAAGUUCAGUCCGGCUGAUCGCGCGAAUCUUAUCGACGAUGCGUUUACUCUUUGCGAAGCGGGCGAAUUGAAUGCUACUAUACCACUUGAAUUAUCGCUUUAUCUUCUAAAUGAGAGGGACUACGUGCCAUGGGCUACGGCUCUUGGAUAUUUACACUCGUGGAAAGGAAGAUUAAGCGAAAGUCCAGGAUACAAGAGGUACAUAACGUUCUUGAAGCGAUUAUUAACUCCGGUUACAAAAUACGUUGGUUGGGUCGACCAAGGAUCACAUUUGAGGAAGCUAUUAAGAAUGAGCGUACUGCAAUCAGCUGUAACGAUAAAUAUGGACGAUAUUGUAAAGUCUGCAAAAUAUCUCUUCCAAGACUGGAUGUGGAAAGGCAAACGGAUAGCACCGAACAUUCGAGAUGUUGUAUAUGUUGCAGGGAUCAAAUUUGGUGGAGAAGAAGAAUGGAACCAUUGUUGGCAGAAUUAUCAAAAUACUCAAGUACCUAGCGAAAAGCGGAUAAUGUUACAAGCGUUGGGGGCAACAUUAGAUUCCUGGUUGCUGCAACGAUACCUUCUGCGUUCGUUAGACCGAGAUAUCGUGAGAUCACAAGAUGUUGAAACUGUUAUAGCAUCAGUUGCUAGCAAUCCUGAAGGUCAAUUUCUUGCGUGGCGUCACAUUAAAGCGAAUUGGCCGCAGAUACAUGCUUUAUUUGGAAAUGGAUCGCUGACAAUGGGUGGACUGAUUUCUGUUGUGAUCUCUGACUUCUGCACGGAGUACGAUUACAAUGAAGUGUCAGAGUUCUUCAAGAAGGUAGACGUUGGGAGUGGACAACGAGCACUGGAACAAAGCCUAGAGAAAAUUAAGUUUAACAUACACUGGGUGAAAGAGAACGCUGAUGUUGUCGACAGAUGGCUCGUGAACUACAUGAACGCUCACAGGAGUUAA